AUGGUGCUAUCAAUAUGGUGUUUUCGAGAAAAAUUUGUAACCGUGGAGGACUUAGGAAAAACAUACGAAGGUUAUGAGAACUAUUUCACGUUGAAGAUACACUACAGUGGUGUCUUCACCAAAGCACCUGGAAGGAAAUACGUUGAUGGUGUUGUAGCAUAUGUAGAUUAUGUUGACACUGAUUUAUUUUCAGUUCAUGAUCUUGACGACAUGGUUCGAGAACUAGGGUCACAAGGUAAAGAAAGUCAUGUCAUUCAAAAGGAAGUGGUGAAUCAUGAAAUUGAAACUCAAGAAGAAGUGAUCACUAGUGCAGUUGAAACUGAAGAACAAUUGGGAACUUACCAUGUACAGGAACCAAGCUGCCAAGCUGAUAAUGGAGCUAAUACUACAACAGUUGAUGACUAUGAACCAUUUGUAGAGGAUUACUCACUUUAUGCUGAUUAUGAUGCUGAGUUUAAUGUUCAAACUUCAUUUGAAAAACAACCAGAAGUGGAUUAUCUAGAGGGUAUGGUGAGUGAUGAUAGUGGAGAUGCUUUCUACUCUGAGAGUGGCCAUGGUUCUGAGGAUAGUGGAGAUGAUUCUGAUGACAGUGAAUACAAUGUGGAUGAGUCUAACAUACAAUUUGAUGUAGAUGUAGACAUGAGUGAAUUCCAUAAUGCUGUUGAUGUAGAUGAACAUGGAAUCUUGAACAAUCAUUCAAAAGAUGAUGGGAUUGGAGUGGUUGACUUUGAUAAUGAGUUGGAAGUUAUUGCCACUGAUGAUUAUCAAUUUGCAGGAUUUCAUGAAGAUGAUAGGAAGAGACUGCUAAAAGAGUUGAGUAAGUCAAGUACAUGCUCACAUGGAGAGGUUCAUGUUAAACCAUUUCAGAUUGGUCAGGUCUUCAAAACCAAGGUUGAUGUUAAAAACUACAUGAACUCACAUGCUGUAGCAACAAGGAGGUCUUUAUACCUAGCCAAAAAUGACAAAAUCCGGAUUAGGGUGAAAUGUAAAGGUGUUGUAAGUAAGCCUUCUACAGGAGUUGAUAGUGGUGGGCCCUCAACCAGAAGUAGGGCAAAGUGCAAGGGUAAAGAUGUAAUUGCCAAUAAAGAUAGACAAAAGGGAAUAAUACCAGCAAUGGAGAAAGUAUUCCCUAGUGCAGAACACAGAGCAAUGGAUGAGUUGAAGAAGAUCAAUGCAGAGGCUCAUGCUUGGGUGUCUAAGAUCCCAGCAAACACUUGGGCUAAAUCUCACUUUAGUGGAAGGGCACAUACUGAUUGUUUGUUGAAUAACCUUUGUGAGGUAUUCAAUUCAAAGCUAGAUGAAGGAAAUAGAUAA